CCCAAUGCGCAUCUAUGACAACCAAAGCAGUCAGAGAGCGCUUUAGGAGGACCUGCUUGGUUUAUGGGACAUCUCUGCUCUCCUCCUCGCUGCUCCUGAAGUUAUAAACGCCUUAAAGUUAACUUUCUAAGUAGUUUAUCCUUGUUCUAAAUUCCUGGGAUGUCCUGCAGCCUCUUGAUGAAGACCCUGGCUGACCUGAAUCUGGACGCCGGGUAUGUUGCCUCGGACUCGGGUAACUCCUUCAGCCUCUCCUCCUCAUCCUCCAGGCAGUCCCGCUCCCAGGUGAGCUCGCCUCCCCGCGGCGCGUGGUGGCAGCGCGCGGGGUCCCUGAGCAGCAGGAACGGCAGCUGGGACACGGUGGUCACGGCGGAGGACCUCCUGACCACGUGUCCCUACCUGCCGGAGCUCGAGGACUACCCGUGGACCGACCAGGAGCUCGAGGGAGUCCUGCGUAAAGUGGCGGGCGCCGAGACGUACUUCACCUGGGAGGCGGUGCAACGGCUCUCAGCGUACCUGCGCCGGGCGGUGGUUCGCAUCGCGCGCGAGGCGCAGAGACUGAGCGAGCUGCACAAGAGGUGCACGCGGUUCGAGAUCCAGAGUGCCAUCAGGAUGGUGCUGAGCUUCGGGCUGGCCGACAGGUGCGUGUCCGCCGCGGUCGAGGCCGUCUCCCUGCACUGCAUGAGUUCCGGUGACGCGGCGCAGCAGCAGCGCAGGAAGUCCGCGCGCUGUGGACUGGGGCUGUCCGUGGGACGGUUCUUCCGGUGGAUGGUGGAGACCGGCGUCUCCGUGCGUGUGCAUGAGUACGCGGCCAUCUGCCUGACGGCGUGCGUGGAGAGCCUGGCGGAGGAGGUGGGAGCGCGGGCUCUGGCGGCGGCCAGACAGGUGGGGCGCGCAGGGAGCGCGGAGAGCGCGCAGCACACGGUGGGAUGCGGUGCGGAAGCUCUGGACGCGGCGGUGAACAACGACGCGGAGCUGUGGGGGCUCCUGCAGAACUACGAGCACCUCAUCUGUGGCAAGAAUGCCAACGGUGAGCUCUCGCUGCCGGCCAGCGUCAGCCCGUACUCCCAGGGUCCCGAGGAGUCAGCGGAGAGCAGGGAAGGGGCUUACAUCCAGAUGGAGCUACACACCCUGGAGCAGGCUCUGAUGGCCACCGCUGUGGGCAGCCUCGCAGAGCUCAGCGACCUGGUGGGCCGGGCCAUGCACCACAUGCAGCGUCUGAGCAGCGCCCGCCCCCAGCUCAGCCCCGGCCGGCGGGCCAAUCAGCCGGCGGCGUCCUGGGCCCCCGGCGCCCUCCGCACCCUCUGCUACUUCCUGUCCAGCCCCCAGAUGGAGUCCAUGGACGACCCGGACCUCGAGCCCCCCUCCAUGACGCUCCGCCGCGAGAAGCCCUUCAUGCUCCGCCCCCCCCUGAUGGAGUGGAUCCGCGUGGCCGUGGUGCACGCCGAGCACCGCCGCAGCCGAUUGGUGGACAGCGACGACGUCAGGCAGGCAGCGAGGCUGCUGCUCCCGGGGCUGGACUGUGAGCCCAGACAGCUCAGGUCAGAGUGCUGCUUCUCGUCCUUCCGGACCCUGGCCGCCCCGGCGGCGGCCUCCCUCUUCCAGCUGGACCUGGGCUUCAGGAUGCUGUCCUGCGGCCGGGCCGACCUGCUCCCCCACGCCCGCAGCCUGCUGGGCCCGGGCGGGGUCGACACCAUGGACGACCAGGGUAUGACCCCUCUCAUGUACGCCUCCUCGGCCGGAGACGAGGCCCUGGUCCAGAUGCUCAUCGAUGCUGACGCUAAGCUCAACCUCCAGAUCCCGGGCUGCUCGCCCAGCCACCCGGCGGUCCAUCCCGGCACCCGCCACUGGGUGGCGCUGACCCUCUCCGUGCUGCGCGGUCAUCUCUCCGUCGCUCAGCUGCUGCUGGAGGCGGGAGCAGACCCAGAGGGCGGGGCUCUGAUGGACGACCAGGAGAGCUGCGCCGAGACCCCCCUGCAGCUGGCCUCCGCGGCAGGUAACUACGAGAUAGUGAGCCUGCUGCUCGCACACGGAGCCGACCCCCUGCUCAGAGUGCAUCAUGGGAACUCUCGGACCUCGCCGCUCAACGAGGACAUGAACUGCUUCAGCCAGGCCGCCGCGCACGGACACAGGAACGUCUUGAGGAGGUUGCAUCUGCAGCCCCAGCAGAGGCGGGAGGAUAUCUUGUCCCUGGAGGAGAUCCUGGCUGAGGGGGUGGAGGACCCAGGGGAGGCCCAGACCCGCAGGCGGUCCCCCGCCCGCGACACCUCCAUGUCGGGCAGCCUGGGCCGACCCGAUCCCGGGUCCUGGAAGGCCCGGACCAAAGCCCUCCAACAGGCCGCCUACUACAGCGCUGAACACGGCUACCUGGACGUGACCAUUGAGCUCAGAGCCAUGGGGGUUCCAUGGCGGCUCCACGUCUGGCUGGCGUCGCUGCAGCGGGCGCACCAGCUGUCCAGGGACGAGGUGACCCUCUCUCUGCUCACCGAGUUCCCGACCGUCAGUGUGGACGACUACAGCCAGGAGCUGCUCUCCACCGGUCUGCCGCUCAUGUUCAGCCUGCUGGUCACCAGCAAGGACUACAUCAUCAUCAAGAAGCUGGCCUCUGUGUUCUCCCACUGCUAUGGCUGUGCUGCCGUUCCUCCCAUUCCCUUCAUGGACAUCACUCUGUCCACACAGCUCGACGUCCACUUCCUUAACAACAAGGAGAUGUCGGAUGUGACCUUCAUGGUUGAGGGGCGUCCCUUCUUCGCCCACAGAGUGCUCCUGAUGUCUGCCUCAGAGAGGUUUCGUUGCCUGCUCAGUAAUUCCCCGGACGGCGAGAUCAUCCACAUCGAUCACAUGACCUACGCUGUAUUCCAGAUGAUGAUGAAGUCUCUGUACUGCGGGGGGACGGAGGGCGUUAGCCUGUCAUACCAAGACGCUAUGAAGCUACUCCCUGUUGCCAACUUCUUUCAAAUGAAAGGGUUGAAGAGAUGCUGUGAAAUCCAAGUGUCCCAAAGCAUGACCCUGGUCAACAGCGUCAAGAUCUAUCAGACUGCCAAGCAGCACGAGGCCUUGCAGCUCCAGAGGUUCAGCGAGGGCUUCUUCCUGCAGAACCUGGAGCCUCUCCUGGAGAGGGAGGACUUCCACCGCCUCCUGCUGGGAGGGGCCGGUCAGGACGCCUUCUCCCCAGGGACGGAGAACGUUCACCAGCACCCCCCGCCCCACGGGGGCCUCAGCCAGGACCAGAUGUUCCUCAUGAAGGACCUGGAGGCCACCCUGGUGGACAGACUCCACACCCGGUGCCCCGCUUGUUUGGAAUGAGAGACGGACGGCAGCACCCAAUGGGCGAUUGCUUAGGGAUACUAGAUCGACUAUACAAUAGAUGAGUUCAUCACGUCGUUAGCCUGAUAGCAUAAUUGCCAAAGUCAUAUUUUUUGCCAAAUAGUGAUAUCUAACCCUAACUCUGCUCUCCUAAUGCUGCUGAUUCACUGUGCCUCAUUGGCUGUAUCCUGAGCCAAUCAGGGUGCUUUUUACAUUCCAUAAUCACUAUCUAGCGAAUUUAACUAAUUAACUUUGGCAUUUUUUACGCUGAAUACACGAUGAACCUUCAAAUAUGACUUAGGCAAUUAUGCUAUGAGGCUGACCAUGUUGAAUAGACAUGGUUUCAAGCAGUCUUUGAUGAGUGUACUGUACGUGGUGCGUGUAGAUAGCUGUAUAAAAUGUGUACAUAAUGUAUUUAAAUAAACGAUGACUG